AUGUCAUCAUCCUCUUCUGCUUCAACCUUGUCCCUCGACCACCUCCCUCCUUCCGAGCAGCUUUGCUAUGUCCACUGCAACAUUUGCGACACAGUCCUUGCGGUGAGUGUUCCUUGCACAAGUUUGUUCAAGACUGUGACGGUGCGAUGCGGGCACUGCACCAAUCUGCUUCCAGUGAACAUGCGUGGGCUGCUUCUCCCUUCGCCCAAUCAGUUUCAUCAUCUUGGUCACUCUUUCUUCUCAUCCCCUAAUAAUUCCCAUAAUCUUCUGGAAGAGAUACCAAAUCCAGCCCCAAACUUUCUGAUGAACCAAACAAGCGUGAAUGACUUUGCUGUACGACCAAGAGGAGGGGCUGAUGAACUACCAAGGCCCCCAGCUAUUACCAGACCCCCGGAGAAGAGACAGAGAGUCCCCUCUGCGUACAACCGUUUCAUCAAGGACGAGAUCCAACGCAUCAAGUCUGUGAAUCCUGAUAUAUCUCAUAGAGAGGCCUUCAGUGCAGCUGCUAAGAAUUGGGCCCACUUUCCACACAUUCACUUUGGUCUCAUGCCUGACCAGACUGUGAAGAAGACAAACGUGCGCCAGCAGGAAGGAGAGGAUGUUCUGAUGAAAGAUGGGUUUUUUGCUUCAGCUAAUAACGUUCGUGUCUCUCCUUACUAA